AUGCAGCCGCAGUACCGUGGGUACGCUCCACAACAUGCCGCGCCGAGGACAGCAGGACAGCAUGUCCCACCCCGCCGCGGCGGCAUCGGCCCCAUGAUGUCGGCCGGUCCUCACCACUCCGUGCCCAUGACGCAGGCGCAAAUCAACCAGCAACAUCACCAACAACAACAGGCGAACCACCUUGCGAAAUUGAGGAGUCGCAAGCCCACCGACAAGUCGCUACCCGAUGGCGUCGAGGAGACAUUGGUCGGGAGCGAUGUCGCGGCCGCCUACAAAAACCUCCGCGACUUGGAGCGCCGCCUCGAUGCCACCAUGACGCGCAAAAGGCUGGAUAUUGUUGAUUCGCUAAGCCGAAACACAAAGCGGUACAAGACUUUGCGCAUCUGGAUCAGCAACACCGUGGAGGACCAAUUCUGGCAGAGCAACGGCCUCAACGUCGACACUUUCGACUUUUCGUCGAACCUCGAGUCCUCAUACCGCGUCAAGAUAGAGGGCAGACUGCUCGACGACGAUGACGAAUCCGAGACGGACGACGAGGAGCCCAAGGCCGGGGACGGCGGGGCCGAUGGCGGCAAGAUGGAAACCGACACGCCCAGCAAGAUCAAGACCAAGGCUGCGCCCGCAAAGAGGGCCCGGCUGUCGCACUUCUUCAAGGCCCUCACGGUGGACUUUGACCGGUCGAGGUCCGGGAGCUCGGGUGCGGAUCCCAUCGUCGAGUGGAAGAAGCCGGACAGGACGCCGGCCGGGGCGGGCAACCUCCCAGCCAUGGCCGACUUUGACCAAUUCACGUUCAAGAGAAACGGGGACGAGAACAUGAACAUCACCAUCAACCUCUUCCGGCACGAGGAUCCCGAGCGGUUCGAGCUCAGCCCCGAGCUCGCCGAAGUCAUCGACAUGCGCGAGGCAACGCGCCAGGAAGUGGUCAUGGCCCUGUGGGAGUACAUCAAGCUGAUGAAUCUACAAGAGGACGAGGAAAAGCGCAACUUCCGCUGCGACGAUCUGCUGAGGACCCAGAUCAUCCCCCGCGAGACAGGGUACAUCCCGCAGCUCAACGAAUACAUCACCCCGCACCUGCGCCCGCUGCCGCCCAUCAAGCUGCCCUACACGAUCCGGGUCGACGAGGAGUUCCACAAGGCGCCGCAGCCGACCAUCUACGACGUCCGCGUCGCCGUCGACGACCCGCUGCGCGCCAAGCUGCUGCCCUUCAUCCAGAACCCGCAGUACGCGGCCAUGCUCAAGGACGUCGCCGUGCUCGACGACCAGCUGGCCACCCUCGUCCAGGCCGUCGCCCACUCCAAGGCCAAGCACACCUUCCUGACGUCCAUGGCCCGCGACCCGGUCGGGUUCGUCAAGGCCUGGCUGAGCUCGCAGAAGCGCGAUCUCGAGGUCAUCAUGGGCGAGGCCACGCGCGGCGGCGGCGAGGACGCCACCGGCGACGAGUGGCGCCGCGGCGGCAGGGACAGCGUCUGGGCCACGCCCAACGCCAGGGAGAGCGUCAACGUGCUGCUUUCGAAGCAGCCCGCCAGGGUGUGA